GCGUUGCUGCGAGAGCCCGAGCGCUGCGGCUUCUCCUCGCGGGAACAAAGAGGCGCGAAAGCGAGGGGCUGAGCGGGGAGAGGAGGGGGCCCCCUUCGUUCUGACGGCCUCUGCGGACAUGAGAAAAGAGUGAAGAGGCAUGGAUAUAACAUGAUUCCCUUGACAUGCUCAGAAACAGUAUGCAUUUUGUAAAAGUUCAUUCCUUCGUGAAAUAAAUAAAAGAUGGAUGAAUCAGCCUUACUGGAUCUGUUGGAGUGUCCUGUCUGCUUAGAACGCCUUGAUGCUUCUGCGAAAGUCUUACCUUGCCAACAUACAUUUUGUAAACGGUGUCUGCUGGGUAUUGUAAGUUCCAGAAAUGAGCUGCGAUGUCCAGAAUGCAGGACGUUAGUUGACUGCAGUGUUGAUGACCUUCCCAGUAAUAUUUUGCUUGUUCGAUUAUUGGAUGGCAUUAAACAGAGGCCCUGGAAACCUGGUGCUGGGGUGAAUUGCACAAAUUCAUUAAGGGCCCAGAGUAGCACUGUUGCAAAUUGCAUUCCAAAAGAUCUGCAAAGUUCUCAGAGUGGUCAGCAGCAGAGAGUGCAAGCACGGAGUCCCCCUGUUCGGGGUGUACCUCAAUUACCCUGUGCCAAAGCAUUAUAUAACUACGAGGGGAAAGAACCUGGAGACCUUAAAUUCAGCAAAGGAGACAUCAUCAUAUUACGUCGGCAAGUUGAUGAAAAUUGGUACCAUGGAGAGGUCAACGGUGUCCAUGGAUUUUUUCCUACCAAUUUUGUUCAGAUUAUUAAACCUUUACCUCAACCACCACCACAGUGCAAAGCACUUUAUGAUUUUGAAGUUAAAGACAAGGAAGCGGAUAAGGAUUGUUUACCCUUUUCAAAGGAUGAUAUUUUGACUGUGAUUCGCCGAGUGGAUGAAAACUGGGCCGAAGGAAUGCUGGCUGACAAGAUAGGAAUAUUCCCAAUUUCAUAUGUUGAGUUUAAUGCAACAGCAAAGCAGCUGAUAGAGUUGGACAAGCUCUCAAAUUCUGUAGCAGACUCUGGAGAAGGCACUUCUGGUGCAACCCACAGUAAUUCAGUUCAAAAGCACAUGGAUACCAAGAAGAACACCAAAAAACGUCACUCCUUCACCUCCCUUACCAUGUCCAACAAGGCCUCUCAGUCUUCUCAGAACCGUCACUCAAUGGAAAUCAGCCCUCCUGUCCUCAUCAGCUCUAGUAAUCCCACUGCUGCAGCCCGCAUAAGCGAACUUACAGGUCUUUCAUGUAGUGCACCUUCUCAGGUUCAUAUCAGUACAACAGGGCUAAUUGUGACCCCACCACCAAGCAGUCCAGUAACAACAGGAACUUCAUUUACCUUUCCACCAGAAGUCAGUUACCCAGCUGCUCUUGGUAAUAUGAAUCCCCCCCUUCCACCACCACCUCUAUUGUCUGCUACAAUAAUUGCUCCCUCAUCUACUGGGUUACCCUCAGGAGCAGCACAAAAAUCUGCGUCAGGAUCUACUGAGCAAAUUACACAUUUGCGCCCACAGGGAAGACCAAGUGUGUACAUUGCUAUAUAUCCCUACACUCCUAGAAAAGAUGAUGAACUGGAACUGAGAAAAGGAGAGAUGUUCUUGGUAUUUGAGCGUUGUCAAGAUGGCUGGUUUAAAGGAACUUCCAUGCAUACAAGCAAAAUUGGAGUGUUCCCUGGCAACUAUGUGGCACCAGUCACAAGAGCAGUAACAACUGCCUCCCAAGCAAAAGUCCCUGUAUCAACUUCCAGUCAGACAGGGAGGGUGGUGACGAUGGUCAGCUCUUCUACUGCUGGAACACUGCAGAAACUUCAAGGAAAUGGUGUAACAAUGAAUUCCAGUGUGGUACCAACAGCAGUGGUCUCUGCAGCACACAUACAAACUAGUCCACAAACCAAGGUUCUUAUGCAUAUGACCAGCCAAAUGACAGUCAACCAAGCUCGCAAUGCAGUUCGAACAGUUGCAAUACACAGCCAAGAAAAACCUACAGCUACAGUGACGCCAAUUCAGGCUCAAAGUUCAGCAUGCCUUAUUCCUGCUGCUGUAAUUAUUCCACACCAUUCUGUUGCCUCCCAACAGCUCCAACCUCAGCUUUCAAAUGCAGCUACUUACAUCACAGCUGUGAAUAUCAACCGAACAAAUGUCCCACUGGCUUGUGCAGCAGCUACAUUAAACUCUCCUGCCGCUUCUACGUCUCUGGAUGGAGAUGCAAUUGGAAGAAUCAUGACAGUUCAUCCUGGAGCUCCAGCUUCUCCAGAGAAUACAUUAGUAGCUGGUGGAGUUACUACUGUCAGUAAACCAGACAGAGAUGGCAAGAAAGAAAAAAAGGGGUUGCUGAAGUUGCUUUCAGGAGCAUCUACAAAACGCAAAGCUCGAGUGUCUCCACCAUCAUCACCAACGUUGGAAAUUGAACAGACAGCAGCAGAACUUACCCUGCAAGGUGCUGUUGGGCCAGAGGUUCCAUCGACUUCCAGUCAUGGAAGAACUGAAUCCUGUCCUAUGGAUGGAGAAACAUCAUCAGUACUAUUGCAGGAGAAUACUCAUCGGAAAGCCAGUUCUUUAGAUUCCGGUAUUCCUAUAGCUCCCCCUCCACGGCAGCCGUGCUCCUCAUUGGCCUCAGUCCUGAAUGAUUCCAGGCCUGUGGUCUGUGAACGAUACAGGGUUGUGGUAUCUUAUCCUCCUCAAAGUGAAGCUGAGCUGGAGCUUAAAGAAGGAGAUGUUGUUUUUGUUCACAAAAAGCGCGAAGAUGGCUGGUUCAAAGGCACACUGCAACGGAAUGGAAAAACUGGCCUGUUCCCAGGCAGCUUUGUAGAGAGUAUCUAAUAAGACUUGUUUCAGAUCACACAGCACUAUAAAAUAGCACAAAUACUUUACAAGACAGAGUGCAACCAUUGAAGACUUUUUAAAUUACUGUAAUAUAAACAAAUUUAUAUUUAUGUUUUUUUCCAGUAUCUCAUAGCACAAUUCUGCCAGCAAAGAAAGAUUAGGGCAUUUGCUGGGUUUAUUUUUUUUUAAUCAUUUUGAAUUCUUAUGUAUAAUGUGUGCCUUGUAAUGUCUGAUUUAUUAUACAGAUGAACUUUUAAAAAUAUAACACAAAAGAGCAAUUGUUUACAAGGCUGUAACUAAUUUAUUCUUCAUUUUCUAAACUUGAAUUCUGUUUGAUAGCUAAAUCUUGGUGAUUAUGAUUAACAAGUUAUUAAUUUAUAAAAUGAAUUAAGGAGGCUGGAUUCUCUCUUAUACAAAGAUGUCAUGUCUGACAGAUUGCUUUCUCCCACUGUACAUGGCAGUGAAGUGAGUUCAUUUUAUAGGUAAAUGUUGGCUGUAAUGAUGGUAUUGUGGUGUCAAACUGAAACUGCAAACUGGGAUAUAAUGGCGUUGUGGGCUUUUUCUUGUUUGGGAUGAGAAGCUCUCUGUCAGUGGCAACUCCAAAUUCCCCAGGCAGUAUAACAUUUCUGGAAAGCAAAACUGUAACUGUGCAACUGAUUUAAACCCUAACGUUCUCAAAGUGAGAAUGAGAAAUGCAGAAUAUGCCAGAAAUGGGGGAAACAACUUCCUCUAGCUUCUGUUUGUUCAAGAAUUUGGACAUCUGACAAGAUUUAGCUUUGCAUAUUUGGCUAACUCUUUGGGCACUUGGCAGUCGCCGAAUAUAGACACACAGAAUGAUGAUAAUUUUUUUAAAGCUCAGAAGAGGGACAUUGUAUUAGUGAUAUCUGCAAGUGUUGGUAGGACUCAAAAUUUAAAUUCAAGUUGCACGCCCUAUCUAACUAUGCCAAGAAAUGUCAUUUGCUUCUAUAUCUUUUCAAAGUGAUCUGCAUGGCUAAGAGACAAUUUUACAAUAUAUGGGCAAUAGUGAUGGUAAGUGAUAAAUGUGUGUUUUUAAAGUAAAGGCUGUAAGAACACUGUGAAAAUUUUGCUACUUUUGUAACUAUUGCUACUUCCAUGUGUCCACUUCUCAUUGUCUUGCAUGUAUUGCCAAAUUCUCACAGGCAUAUAAAACAGUGCAUGAUUUGUAAAUUGCAUUCCAAUUCCUAUUGUGGGUUAACUUUACUCUAAAAAGUAACCUCUUGGGGAUAUUAAAUUAACCAAUUUUCUGCCAGCAUAAAAGCCACUGACCAAAACUAGUGAGUGAGUGAGUCCCAAUUAGGUAGAGGGUACUUUGUUAAUUGAGUCUUUAACAUCCUUUCAGCUGUGGAUAUCUAGAAAUGCAACUGCUUUGGGGAAACAUGACCUCUACCGAAUUUCUGGCAUGGAAGAAAAUUUUUAUAAUUAACUUCCUUGCUAUCCUUGCUUUGCUUUCUUGUUCUCCCAUUAGGUUGGGGGCAAAUACACAUUGCCAUUGCCAUGCCAGUAUGUUCUUUGUCCUCUGUCAUCUGGAAGGAUCUUCAGCAGAAGAUAUAGGUACUAUUGCACACUAGCAAUACUCCUGAGUCCUAAGAACAGAUGGUGAUGGGAAGGCUUGUGAACAUAUCUCACUUGGGACUCUUGUAGCACCUCUCUUUUCAGAUCAAAUAUAACUCUCCAGUUGCAGUUGCAUCCUCUUUUUUUCAGCUGUCCAGCUACUUUUGGGGAACAGUGGUGAAAACCUUCCCCAGUAAUCUUCUGGAAAAUCCCAUACCACUCUUUUCUACCACUUUUUUUUCUCUUGUGUUCAGUAUAAGGCUGGAGACUUGAAGGAGUGGAACAUGUUAUAUAGCUCUAGGAGGAAAGAAACUACUUUUGUGCUUGCGCAUUCCUCCCUUUUAAAGCUGUUCCUUGUCUCGAGGAGAACACAAACAGAGGAGAUUUUCCACACAAAUGCUUGCUCUCACCAUCGCUUAACUUUCCAAACAAUUCCCUGGCUGACAGGUAUAAGGGUCAUAUGAAAGAGAAUUUUUCCCCUUGGGGAAUUUUUAUCUCUUAUAUGUCUAAUCUGAAAACAGUAUCAAGAAGAAUAGAGCUAGAUGAAGGUUGGCAGUUGAGAGGCCAGUUUGAGACAUGGUGGUUGAAUUCAGCCCACAAACAGUCUACUUCUCAAUAGCCCACAUUGUGCAAGAAAAAUACUACCAUUUCAGGAUUGUGUGGGGUUUGUUUUUUGUCAUUAUUGAUGACCUAUAGCAUAUACUCAUUUUCUGCAAUUUCUUAAGGUCUCAGUGGUCUCAGCUCACCUGUGAAGCUUAGCCAGCCAGGGGUUACCACUUUUUGUUGUGGUAGGGCUCCUGUGUUUUUAAGUAUUGUGUGUUAUAAGGAAAAAUAGCAAUGAGUACAUCUUCUUCUGGCACAGAGGUGUUAUCAUGGGAAAUGUUUUAUCUAUUGCAUAUCUCUCAGGCAGCUGUUAAAGGCUCAAAAACUCUGUUAUGGGAAAAAGGGGAUGACCUUGAGCUCACCAAUUUCUUUCCUACUUCAGAAUCAAUGAGGAUAGAUAACUCUUAGCCCUUUCCAGGGAGGAAUUUGCAGCAUAGUAUAUAUAUAAAGAAGACAUAUGCAAUAUAAAGAAGAGAAAAGCAUAGAAUAGUUGGUGGUGGGCUACUGAUUCUUUGAUGUGAAACACAACUGAUGAUUUCGUUCUUUAAACGGUUGCAAAUGGAGAGGAAAUUAUUAGCUGAAAGGGAUUUCUUGCAAUAUCAAGUCAUUUCAUGAUGGUCUUAAUAUAAAUUAUUUUAUGAAAAAUGAAAUCAUUCCUAAAUUAACACCUGUAUAAAGCACUGUUCAAGUCUUUUUUAAAAAAUUAAAAAUUAGUUUACUUGAAUAGUCAUGUGAGAUGCAAGUUAUCUGAAAUGAACUUUAGUUGGUAGAAAAGCUGACAUCAGCUUACAUCCACAGAAACUGACACUAAUGUGUCAAUGUUAUUUUCAGAAAUUAGUGUUUUUAUAUAUUUAAAAAGACUACUGCAAAGAAUUUUUUCUAUUCUCCAUGAGAUAGAAUACUUGUGUGACAGGAACCUCUGUUAAUAGGGUUUUUUAUGUAAAGUCUAUCAAAAUAUAAAUUAAUACAAUAGCACUAUUAGAUGUAAUACAUUUUCUAAUGACUUUUUAACAGAAAGGAAUCUUCUUUUUGUUUCAAGGGCUUGUUACACAGCAGUACAACAAUAACAAAAAUGCAGUUUUUCAUGCCUCGUGAUCUUUAUAAAAUUGUGGAAGUUGGAUUGGGUUUUUUUGGCUUGUGUAUAAUCCAGUGUAAGAACAAACCCUCUGCAUUUUGUUUUGUGUAUUUCCUUAAAGAGAUUCAGUGGAAUACUUUAAUGUCUAUAUUUGAGGUCCAGUGACGGUUACGUGUUUGAUUUUCUCUGUUAUAUUUCCAUUCCUAAUAAAUAUUUUCUUAGCAAACAGCUUUAACACAAAA